CGCAUAAGUUUCGUGAAGACUGGAGACGAGAAGAUUCAAGAUCCUAAUAAAGGCAACCAAUCUCCGACGCCCAGAGCGCGCUCUCCCCUUUUCCGACGUAUACGGACACGCCACGCGCGCGUCGCGUCGUGUCGAACACCUCCCAAGGAAACCGGGCUCCGGCCGCCGCCCGCGCGUGCGCGGCAAUGAAGCUCCCCGGCCACCGCCUCCUCGCCGCCGGCGCGUGCGCGCUGCUCCUUGCGGUGUUCUUUCUGGUGGCCACCCUCGUGACCUCGCCGCUGCCGCUCCUGCUGCCGCCGCUCUCGCUCUCGCUCCCGUGCCUGCCGGCGGUCACCGCGCCCUCGGGGUCCGGGUACGGCGCCCCCGGCGUCGCGGCCCUCGGCGACGCCGUCGUAGAGUACGCCACCACGGGGACCGUGCCGCAGCAGUCGCGCCAGGAGAUCUCGCUCUCUCUCGCCGUGCUCCGCCGCCGCGCGCCGCUGCGGCUGCUGGUGUUCGGCCUCGGCCACGACUCCAGGCUCUGGCACGCGCUCAACCCCGGCGGCGCCACCGUCUUCCUCGAGGAGGACCCCGAGUGGUACCGCGUCGUGCGGGCGCAGUCGCCGUUCCUCCGCGCGCACCUUGUCUCGUACCGCACGCGGCUCGACCACGCCGACAGCCUCCUCGCCACCUACAAGAAGCACCCCGCCUGCCUCCCCGGCGCCGACGGCGCCAACGCCACCGUGCGCGUGCGCGGCAACUCGGCGUGCCCGCUGGCGCUGCACAACCUGCCGUCGGAGGUGUACGAGACCGAGUGGGACAUGAUCAUGGUCGACGCGCCUAAGGGUUACUUCGCGGCGGCGCCCGGGAGGAUGGCAGCGAUUUGGACGGCGUCGGCCAUGGCGCGCGCGCGCCGCGGCGAGGGUGACACGGACGUGUUCCUGCACGACGUGGACCGGAGGGUGGAGAAGGUAUUCGCCCAGGAGUUCCUGUGCGACGGGUUCCGGGUGGGCGGGACCGGCCGGCUGUGGCAUUUCAGGAUCCCGCCGGUGUCACGGCGAGGGAACACAACGACGGCCGGCGAUGGCCGGAGACCGUUUUGUUAAGGCGGUACUAUUGCGAUGAAUUCCUUUUCGCAAAUCGCGCUAUCCGGGUACAUGUACAAUAGGAAACCGGAUUGGUUUCCUCUGCCGUGCAGUUCAGACGGGCAUUGCUCAAAUUUAGAUUUUGAACAAGUGCUCUUUUUGUUUGAACUGAAGGCGGAGGAUCCGAAUCCUGAGAAGUAGCACGGUUAUGACAUAUUGACAUGUAUCUCUUUUUUUGGUGAUGUAAGUGCGAUUAUGUUUACGAUGUUGAUUGGUACU